UUCAAAACACUUGCAACCAAACAAAAUGGCCGAUGUUCAUUGAAAAAACUUGUUGAAAUUUUAAAAGGAAUUCGCCGUAAAUUGAAAAUGUCUAAACGGGAACAAAGUGAUAGGAAAUUGGACUCAAGUGAUUAUGAAAAUCUUAUAUCACAGCACAGUAUAUUUGAGCGGACUAAACACCAAGAGUUGCCCAGUUUUCCUGGGUUCUCUAAUGCGGAAACUCAAACAAAGCCUGGGGACAUAAAAGGCCAAGGAGUACAAUCAGCUUUAGGCCCAUGGCACUAUAAUCCAUGGUGGAUGUUGGCAAGUACUUCUAGGACCACUCCAUCACAUGAUGAUUUUUCAGAAAAUAGUGACCAGGCUAAGGUUAAGCAGGAACCAAGAGGAGCACCAUCCCCUGAACGUGAUCCUUUAGGGAGUGACCUAGACCACUACAGAAGCACUGUGACACCACCUGUAGGUUUAGAUUCCUUCUGUGAUGAUUGUUCAGAUCCCUUUUGUGAUUCCAGUGCUGCAAUCUGCCGGAAGCUAUUCCAUUGUCCACAUUGCAGAAAAAGCUACCCCACUAUUCUGGAAUUUAACACGCAUCUAACUGGUGUACAUCCUGCGCAAAAGCCAUUCAGAUGCCAAAUCUGCUUGGAACCUUUUCACAAGAAAUCACAUCUAAGAAGACAUUUAGAUGCUAAUCACACUCGCAAAGAUGUAAACAAGUGUUCUGUAUGUUCAAAGUACAUCAAAGAUAAGAGUAACCUACGUAAACAUAUGCAAGUCCAUACUGGCAGAGUGCCUCAAAAGCAGUUCAAAUGUGAUCUUUGCAAUAACAAACGCUAUAUGUCAUUAGACAGACUUAACAACCACAAAGUGGUUUGCACUGGAGAGAAAGUGCUGAAAUAUUGCGAUAUGUGCCCAAAGGUGUUUGACAACUCCAGGUCAUUAAACAGCCAUAAGAAAGUGCAUGCCCGGGAACUGAAAUGUGACAACUGUGGAGAACAGCUGCGUUCUUUGGAACAAUUUACAAACCAUAAAAUGAUUUGUCAGGGAUCAUCGGAAGGAGGAAUUGGCGGAGGACUGAGUGGUGCGCCAAGCUCUGCCAGCUCUUCGGGCAAUCGCUGCUGCACACAGCCAGGACUGUGCGAGCAUGACAAGCCCGCAUACCUCAACAUCCCCGGUUAUGCAGCUGGUAGAGUGCUUGAUGCAACACUCUCAUCAUUAAAAUCAGAAUUGAACUGAUUAAGCAACCUACACACCUGUACAUAAAAGGGUAUAACUAAUUUCAUUUUUUACAUGAUUACCAAAUAGUUGAAAUGAUGACAGUAAAAAAUAAUUUUCAUGAUUGAGAAUUACACAAGACUGAUGCAAAUAUCCCGCCUCACGACUUGCUUUAUUAUUACCAUUUAAAGUUUAGAAUUUAGUUAGUAGAUUAGUACAGUUAGAUUAAGCAGUAUAGCUAGUUGAUCAUGUUCUUAUAUAUGAAAUACUGAUAAUAUUCAUGUGAAGGAAAUAAGACAGCUCCUCUUGCUACCAUGUUCUCAUUAUCAGUUCACUUAUAUUGGAAUGUGUUCAAAUUGCUAUCAGGCUAUAAUUUUAUAUCUUAAAAUUAGUACACCAAUAAGAAAAUUGUUCCACGUGAAAGCUUUAUUAAUAGGGAAUCAAACAUUCAAUAUUCACAUACUUAUGUGAAACAACAAAUAUAUUUUUUAUUUGACUUUAACAAUGCCUCGACUGAUUUAGAGUUUAAAUUAAUGUGCAGUAUUAAGUUAAUCAUUUUUUUAUUUUUCUAUUUUAAAGAUUAACUUUAUUAUUUGAUAACAUUUAGAUACUAAGUUUUUGAAAUAGGGUGGUCUGUGGAUGUUUUAGGUUAACCUGUAAAUGUUUUGUAAAACUUGGUUAGGGCUCCAUAAGUCAAGUUUGAAGGCACGCAAACUUGCGCCAUUAGCUAUGGUGUGGCAGUCGUUAACGAUUUACGCUUUUGUGUGCAAUUAAUGUUUGAUAUACGCAAUAUACCGAUUAUUUCAAGUACUAAGAAUUUCAGGUAUUCCACUUGACCAAAUGUUACAAACGAUUGCCUCUUAAAUGUGUUAUGGCCCUACAUAUAUAUACUCCAAUCCAAAGACAAAAAUAGAAACGUGUAAGUUUCAACUAUAAUACUACUGUAUUUGAAUAUUUUCUAUUUCAAUGUUUACUUGUAGACUUAUUUUUGUUUCACAAAAAAUUAGAUAAGAAACUAUUUAGUGCAAUGAACCUUUGGCUAAGCCUUGAGCAUAUAAUGGUUAUAGAAGUAUAUAUUCAUGUUCUUAUUCCAAAAUAUUAAUUUAUUCUUAAUUGUUACACUCUUUAAUUCUUAGUUGCUAUGUAUACAUUUGUCUAUUUAAGUAGUUGGCAUGUUCUCUAAAUCAGACAUUGGCUACUGUUGAAUGCAAUCUGUGUAAAUAGUUGCAUUGGCCUCUAUACAUACAAUGUGCAACCAUAAACACUGUUAGGUUGUUUUUAUGGUCAUUCAAAUUUUCCUUGUUUCCAACUCAUUUUUCUCUAAUUUGCAUUAUGCAUUAAUAGAGUUAUUAAGUUUUGCUACUCUUUAUUUUUAUAUAUUAAAUAAUAAGAAUUAACUUAUACUUAAUAUACGGCAAGCCUCAACAUAUAGUAUAUGUUAUAUUUUAUAUGGUUGAAGUAUCUAAACUUUAACUCUUGUUUUUGUUUUACACUCUUAGCCCCACUUGCACCAACCACUUAACUCAGGGUUAGUGGGCUGUCAACUGUCAAAUUCCAUAUAAAAUGGUGGGUUAACCCUAGUUUUUCGUUGGUGCAAGUGGCCUUUUAGUGUCUGUAAUUUAUACUUUUAAAAUAGAACUGAUAUUUAUGGUCUGCAUAAAUUCUAUGUAUUAUGAUUUAUGUGUUAAGUUGAGCUGAUAUUUAAAACCACGAGUAACGUGUAUUCAGAUAAAAUAAACUGACUGCAAUUCUUCGACAUGGAAAUAGUCAUGAAAAAUAGUGAAUAAUUCAUAACAGUAAAUGUAUUUUAUAAUGUCGCGUUCAGUUACGUCAAGAUAGUUAAUGUAACAAAAUUGUGAACUGCCACAUUUUUGUAAUCAAAUGUAAUCCACAAAACAGUUUACUCGUCUGAAUACUAAGUUCUUAAAUUUUUAUCACUCAUUUUAGUACUGCCAGCAGAGAUGUUAAAAAAUAGGUAGUGCAAUGUAUUUAAAUACAAAAUGCAAAUACUUUGGUUUUUUACCUCUUUCAAAUAAAAAUACAAAAUAGUUUUACAAAAAGGUAUUUGAAAUACAAAAUGCAAAAUAGGUAUUUUCAAAAUACCUUUAUUCAAAUAAAAUACCUUUUUGACAUAAGGUAAAACUUUUAUUUUAAAGAUGUGUUUUAAACACAAUCACCAGAGAGCCCAGAAAUCUGGCUCUAUAAAAUUAACACGUUAAAAAGUGAAGCCAAAAAUGGACUGUCUCCAACUCUCCAUGUCUUUUACCUAAUAUAAGAAAAAUCGAAUGAAAGAGUUAUAUUGCAAUAUGUAUGAAAUAUUAAAAAAAAUCCUAAAACAAUAGUAAUGUUAAUUAAUCAUAAUACAUUACAGCUGCACUAAAUAGAAAUGCCUACAGUUAUUAGGUAUACGAAUCGAUAUGGAUUUUCCCCGAUUAUUCGAUGUUCACGGUCAGGGUGCUUUGGGAUCUAGCAACAAAUCGCUUAGUAUUUAUUGAACCUUAGUUAUUAUAGGAACUUAGACAGACAAAGAAAAAAUAGAAUACGCGCUCGGUACCAUCUAUCUUACGUCAAAAAGUGACAAAAAGCAUUUUGUAUGUAGAAGCGGUAGAAAAUGCAAAAUACUUGUACUAAAAAGUAUUUCAAAUAAAAUACAAAAUAGUUUUAGAUAAAAGUAUUUAAAAUACAAAAUAGGUAUUUUGUAUUUCUAUUUGAAAUGCUUUUAUUUCAAAUAGUUAACAUCUCUGCUAAAAAGGAUAAAUCUAGGCAUCAAUUCUGGCAUUUAUAUCGAAGCUAUCGAACUAGUCGGCCACUGCGUCUGAUUUCAACUUGUGCCUCAAGUCAACUGUGAGGACAGACAGUUCAAAAUAUAUAUUUUAGUGAUAUAGUUUUCACCAAUUUCUAAACAUUUAUCAACAAAAAUACAUAGAAAUUGCAGAAAGUAACUUUUACGUUCUAUAUUUUAUCUCUUUUUCCAGGGUAACUCAGCAAGUAAAAUAGUUUUGUAUGUUUGUAGUGGUUUUCUGGUUAUAAUACAUAGUAAACGCUGGUCUAAACAUAAGUUGUAUAAAUAUUUUAUUUUUCUUAAGUAGUUUACUGUUUUUUUUUUUUAAACAAAUGGCGAUCAUUUAGAUAAUGAUCUGGUUUUAUUUGUGACCAAAAAUAUUACAAGGUUCUUAUUCUUUUCGCUGAAAGAGUGAAACAACCAAAAUUCUAUUAAAAAUACAAUAAACUAGUAAAGUUAUUGUAUUAAUUUAAUGUAUCUGUUCAUGGCUGGCAUAAGCCAUAAAAGUUACUUAUUAUAUAUUAUCGUGAUGUCAUCAUAACCGUAGGUAGGCACAGGCGGGCGUUAUAAACGUCUGUAGCCUGUAAAGAUAGUGGAACCAAGUCUCGUCUCGUAACAAACACAGUUGAUAAGAGACUUCCGGUCCCGCGACCCGUUCCGUUCUGGUCCGGGUGCUGGCCUUUUCUAAACGGCUUACACGUAUUACGAGGCUAAACAAUACUUAGUAAGGCUUGGCAAUCAAGAAUCCCAGAGUCUUGCUAACUUUUUAUAAAUAUUAAUCGAAUUUUGUUUGUUGAACUUUAAAAAAAUCUAUAUUGAGGCUUUUUAUAAAUAUUCGUUUGUUAUCUACUAUUUACAAUUGUUUAAAUUCAUAUUUAGCUUCCGAGGUAAUUAUGUAGUAAUUUAAGUUAUAGUUUACAUUACAGUUAAGUACCAUGUUUUUCGGUCUGCCAAUAGUUUUGGUCUUGUAUUUGAUAACAUAGAUUAUCAAUCUAGAGUUAAAUUGAUCCCACCAGCAUCAGUACUACCUAAAUAGGUUUGAUCAGUUUGUAAUACAAAAAAAAAUGCUAAUAAUCUAUAUAGAAUUAUUAAUUGUGUAGCUAAUUG